ACGCGAUAUGCUGCACUUCAGAGAAUUGUGUUUGCGUAUCUAAAAAGAGAGAUGUGCGGGGACAUGUAUGCAUGCGCACGCCUAUCUGUGAACCGGGCAAGCAUUGGGCUGUGGGUUUGCGUUUGCGCGUCUGUCUUGGCUUGGGAUGUGAAGGCAAAGUGUUCUGGGGAAGACGUCUGCCUGUGGCAAAAGGAUCUUCUAAAACUAAAUGUGCCCUGCAGGGCCUGUGAGCGGUUAUCUGUGAGGGUGACGGCACAUAAAGCUUUGGAAGAAGUUGGACGUAUUUUUUGCAUCCCUGUCUGGCGUGUUGAAUGGACAAGCCAUGCCAAACCGGCACUGCAGCUACCGCGGGGUGGUUUUGCCUGUCUGGACUAGCUGUGAGGCUCAGGUCGGAGGAGGUGAUUCCUCCUUCUGCGGAGCUCGGCUGGGUAGGGAGGCUGCAGGAUGGGUGUUCCUGCGGUGUCACACCAUCUGCAAGUGUGAGGGUUGUGCCUCAAGCUUGCUCACACUCUGCACUGCCCUCGUUCCGCUCCUGCUCUGACCCAGGAUGGAUCCUCUGAAACUGGGGCACUGAUGUGGAGGCUGGUUUCGUUCUGGUGUUGCUUAGGUCAAUGACUCGAGUUAUCUUUCACAAAGCGGUCCACAGUAUUUCUGCCGCAAAUUGACUCCUGUCCACAGUUUCAAAGUGAUCCUUGCACGUGUGCAGACCCCGAGAGUGAUAUGAAUGAUCUGUUUGGGGGUCUGAAAGAGGAAGCUAUGGGUUUCUUGCUGAUGUCCCAAGAGAAGAGGUCCUUCUCUCUCUCUCUUUUGCUUCCCAGCAAUAGUUACAAACUGGUCCCAGUAUAUCUGAGUACUGCAAGCUAACACCUGAUCCCUCCACCCUUGUUUCUGCACCUAUCGCUUUACCAGCAGGAAGUAGGACGUGGUUUGGGGCUUUUUAUUCUCGGCCUCGCUAGCCUUUUCGAUACUUCAGGGCCUCGUCUCAGUCUGACAAGGCAAGCAAGCGGCAGCUUCCUGUGCAAAGGUGAGAGGGAGAAGACAGAGACCACGCACGUACCAGAGGAACGGCUCCGCAGCAGAACUGCCAGGCUGGAGGCACCUCUCCUCUCGUGCCAGCAGCGCCGGCUGACACCUGGACAUGCACUGAGCUAGGAUAUCUGCCUCCAUCCCUCUCCCUUUCCCCCCUCCCCGUUCCCCUCACUGGUUGAUGUCCAGCACCUGCUUCCAUCCAACUCCACGACCUGGUCCCUGGGGACUCCCUUUGCCUGGACCGCUCAGUGCCUGGAGCUGGAAGGUAAAGGGGGUGAUGCCAGCUCUCUCCCACACGGGGGUGGCUGAUCCGAAAAGCGUCUUGGAAGGAGUUUCGGUCUGACAAACUGAAUCUUGCUGUUGGGGAGGGCUGAGCACGUAUUUAUCUCUCUGUCUCUCCACAGUCCUCUCAAAUCAUACCCCACAUCUCACAACCACGCUGCCUGCUUUCUUUCUCUCUCUUUCUCUCCCCUUUUUCUGUUAAUGUGUUGUCGUCAUGUUUUUCUUCAUCUGAACCUAAUCUUUUAUCACAACGGGAAUCGAUGAUAUGCUUCAUGCCAGCCUUUUAUAAACUCUCUUCCCGCUCCCCUGGCAGUCCCAGCGGGGUCCAGUGGGACUCUGUCUUGUUUUGCUCAGCUCUGACUGGGCUUCGGGCUUGCUGAGAGGUGACGGUGGUCCCUUCUGUGGGCAGAGGCAGACCUCAAGGUAUGGGUGUCCAGGUGGAUGGGGAGAGGGGAAGGACUGGAUGAGAAGCCCGUAAGCCCAGUCUGUCCCAUACGGAGCAUGGCUGUACAGGCUUUCUAAGACAAGGAGUCUUCCCGGGUGCCACGGGUGGAUGAGGGGUGCUGCCGUUUCCUAAUUACAAAGCCCAAAUUUUCUGCUACACCUAAAAGCACAGCUCCUUCCAAGGCAGCACGGGGUCUACUUGGUGAGGAUGGUGCAUGGUUUGUGCGUAACUAUGUAGUAUUUUGUGAUACGCUAAAGCCUUGACUUUCCAGAACCUGAUAAACUCCUUCUUCUUCCUGAUUUCCUCCCUGUCCCAAACAAGCCAUUUAAAAUCUACCUCCUAAGCCAUGGACUCUGCAACUAACUUUUGUCAGUUGCAGCCAGAGACCCCUCUUACUCUGCAAGCACCUAGUUAUUUCAACCCUAGUGCUGACCAAAAAAAAGAAGCUCUUCAAAGCACAAGCCAUGUGCAACCGAGGCAGCACUCUCUACCUUAGUCAGCAAGCAGCCUGAAACAACACACGCAGACUGCUGUGCACUCACACACGCAUUUCCAGAAGGCAUUACCCCUGCAAACAGCCCAUCUGUGCUGCACUGCGAACGGUUUCAGUGCUGAGCAAAGCACCCGAGGCAGGAAAACAAUGAGGUGCUGAGGGAAAAGCACAGACUCCGGAGAAGAAGGAGUAUGAGUUUCUGAGCCUGGAAGAUUGGCACCGGCUUUGAGCCCUGCCCUAGGACAGCGGAUGCCUCCUGUGAGAUGACAUCUUCCUAAUUUGCAUUGCUGAGUUACGUUGGGGGGGCGUCUUCUCUCUUUCAGUGUGUCUCCGGUACCGAUGAAGCCCUCUUUGCUGCUUCUGUGUCACCUCUGGCUGUUCAGCCUCAUGUCUCUCUCAUGGGCAUCAGACUUGGCACAAGGUGCCUCCAGCCUAACUUGUUGGUAUGAUUCACGGGCAGCUCUAUUCUGUGACUGGAACCCAGGCAGGGACCUGGUUGAAGGAGCAUGCCAGCUGGAGAUUUCAUCGAAGUCAGGUUUUUGUGGCAGCGUCCCCAGCUCACUGGAGUUCUCCUGCUUAAAACCCAGCUUAAAAUCCUUACGUGAAAGAUUCAAGGAGCACUGUGAAUUACACAAGGCAGAACACACGACAGGACUGAAGUGCAACAAGACCUUCAGCGAAAGGAGUAAUACUCAAUGCUUCACCGCUGCAGACCGUCUUACCAUUUCUGUCCAUUGCCACAUUGGAGAGAAUAAGUCUAUACCCGUGCAAAUAGAAGAUUUCAGGCCACUUGCAAAUAUAAAGCUGAGGCCUCCAGAAGAUCUUCAGCUGGUUAGCAAAACUGAAAACACCUACAACUUAACGUGGAGCCUGAAAAUUUCCUCUCACUAUUUGAAUGGGGAGCGGGAAUACCAAGUGCGGUAUCGAGCCACGAGUCAAUCCUGGGAGGAGGCCAGGAACUUCACCAUACUGCAGGACCAGAUGUGGGUGGUGUUUGAGAGCCUCUCACCCAACUCAAAAUACGAGGCAGCUGUCCGUGCAAGGCCGAGAGCCUCAGGGACCUACAAAGGCGUGUGGAGCGACUGGAGCAAGACGAUACUGUGGAGGACACAUGCUGACCAAACAUCCCGGCCGGUCCUGCCAGCUCUUAUAGUGAGCAGUUGCAUCUUUGUGAUCAUUGGGACUGCCUUCCUUAUUAACUUACGGACCCUGAAAUGGUUUAAGAAGAUCCUGAAGAUUCACAUCCCAGACCCCGAGAAGUUCUUUCCCCCGCUCGUUUCUGUUCACGGAGGUGACAUUCAGAAAUGGCUCUCCUCCCCAUUCUCCACAUCUUCCUACUGUGUGAACAGCACAACCCCGGAGAUCUCCAUGCUCGAGGUGAUGCAGAAGAAUGAACAGGAAUCCCAGUUUCUACUUUCCAAGGGAACGUUGACUCCUGAUCCUCCCUUAGAAACUAGUGGGCACUCUGUAUCCAGCUGCUUCACCAACCAAGGCUACUUCUUCUUCCACCUUCCCAGCUCCUUUGAGAUCGAGCCCUGCCAGGUCUACUUCACCUAUGAGCCUUUCACCCAGGAGGGCAGUGGCAGCAAGGAUGGCGAGUCUUACCAUGCUCUCUCCUCCCCAGACCUCUGCACACUGGCAGAGGACAUGCACGUGUUGUCCCACAACUUCCUCCACUGUAUCAAGGCGACCCGGGGCUUCCAACACAGCUCCUUCGUAGAAGAGACAGAAGGUGAAGCCCAGCGGGCCAUGGCUAUUUCUGGGGCUCUCCAGUCAAGUGAAGGCACCUCACCAACACCAGUUCUGAAGCAGGAUGAGAAGGUGGUGGACAAAGCAGCUUUACAACCUGCUGAGGCCCUGUGCCAGCUGGACACUGACUCUUCUGACCCACCGGACCCGCAUGACGGCGAUACUAUCGAUAUAACGGAGGGGACUGGGAAGGCAGGUCCUCUGAUUGACCCCUGUACACCAGGAGCACAUGCUGCCCCUUUCUCUCAACCUCCACCUCUAAAGCAAAGCCAGGAUGAGGAUCCAUGCAGAAUAGCCUUCUCCAGCCAGGUCCCAAACACGGGUGCCUACCUUUCUCUGAGGGAGCUCCAAAGCCAGUACAGCCAUUGCUCUGUCUAGGAUCUGCCUGGAGAAAACCCACAGGUGGGAAAGGCCUUUUCUGCAGGGAAGGCUAGAUAGACAGUUUUUCUAUUCAGGACACAAACAUGAGUUCAGCAUCAAACCCAUGGGGACUGUUCUUUAAUGACGCUGGAGAACACAGUUACUCUAGAUGGCUGCAAAACCAGAAAAGGGAUAGGAUGGACAAGGUGUAAAUUCAUGGGUGGCUGCAUGGGUAGCACUAGCUCCCAGGAUAAAAUGUUAGAGAAACAGAUCACUGAACAUGAGAGGACAUUUUGCAUGGAGAACUGGGCUAGUGGACAGUAAAGCAACACAUGGAGAAUGACAAAGCCACAUUAAAGCUGUUCAGUGGCUAUACAGCUAAUGGAGACACAGAAGCCUGAUUCUUAGCCAUAAACACCAACAAGGACUCACCUUCAUAACUGAACCUGUUUCUCUGCUAUUACUGGAUCCGAUGGCAUAAAAACCCCUUCCCAUGCUGCUUAAGUGCCAUCCUGAACCUCACCAGUUUUUUUCCUUCCCAGCUCCCAGCAGGAGGCUGUGCCAGCAUUUCCAUGCUCUGCAUCUUGGUGUAAAAUAGCACUCAGCUUUGAGGCUCAGCAAGCACAUGGUCCAUUUGCCUCAUCCCAGCCUAAAAACCUCUAAGGGGAGGGAGAAAUGCCUGAAGAGGUAGAUAUGAGAUUUUGUACAAGGAACAGUAGCACUGCCAGUCAGUGCUGGGGCCGAUGAUGAAACGGAUGAAGAUAUCUCCUCCUAACUAACCAAGGGUGUAAUUUUUUUCUGUGAUGUCCCCAAUUCAGGUUUUAAUCAGAGAUUACAUUCUGCGCUACACAGUCCAGCUUUAGACUCGAGUCUCUAAGGUCAGCUCAGAGCCACAACUGUGUCAGCUGUCUAAGCAGCGCAGCGUAAAAAGAAAUCCCCAUUAUUGGGUUAAAAAUACUGGGGAAAUCCCCUUCCCCCUCCUUCUUUCCCCCAGGUCUGAUGAUGGCAGUAAAAAGAACGCACACAAUUUCCCAUUCUUGCUGCAAUAUUUUUCAUGAAAUCGAAAGCCUCUCUGCCCUGCUGGCAAAAUACAGUUAUUUGACUACGAUAAGCUGAUUGCAGAAUAGUUCAUCCCACAUCCUGUAUUAGUGGAAAACAUCACAACGGUGCUGCCCAUUCCUUCCAUUGCUCAAGGGAAACCAUUGCCUAAUUAGCGGCAAAGAUGUGGUGAAUGAGCCCAGAAAACUAACCCACGAAUCAGCACCUUUGCUGAAAAGAAAACCUCAAGCCACUCACAAAGAAUGGGGAUAGCAAAGACUACUUUUUUUUUUUUUUUUUUUCUUUUUCCUCUGCAUUUGCUGAUCUGGGUUGAGAGAAAGCAGCACACCACAGAAGAAAACUGGCGAGGCAAAGGAAGACAAGAUGUUCUGGUUACAUCCAUCCCUGCAUUCAACAUCUGUACUGCCUGUCUGCUUUCUUGCCAUAUUUCUGGAAUAUUCAGCAGUGGGAAAAUACCAGUCCUGUGCUAAACAUCUUUCUUCUAAGAGUUUUAUAUCAAAAAGGUCAAGAAUAUCGAACUUCUCAGCACUUCUGUCACUCCUGUGAGUAUCACCCAGAACUAAUUCUUCCCUACUUCUGCCUGUACAAGCACUGAGCUUCCCCUUUGUCCUGGUCCCACACUGUUACCUGACCUUGCAUGAUGCAGCCUGAAUGUCAUUAUGAGUCCCAGCUAUGGGGUCACCCACUGGCUUGGAUUUCACCUCAAAAGAGCUGCUCAAAGAAAUUGAGCCUGCCUGCAGCUGAGAGGGCUCAGGGAGCUAUAUUUCUCCUCUCAUCAGCUUCUUCACCACGUGCAUCAAGAUAUGGACUGCUCUGCUGUCUCCAGGAGACAGCACGUGAAGAAGAACCCACAGCUUCCCAGAUAAGGAAGCACAAGGCUUGCCCAGCUGUUUGCUGUUCUUUGAGAAUCUUCCAGGACGAACUUCAAGAAGAGACACUGAAUCCCAAUUUGCUAUAUUACAUGGGCCAAGUAUCCUAGAUCUUCAUAAGCUUUUCAACUAUUCUUGCUGCUAAGAUGAGUACAAGAGAAAAACCUUGCCUUUUUGUAAAUAAAAGAAACAUUAAGGAA